AUGGAACAAGAAGAUAACCAGGGUAUGUGUGAACACCAGGACUCAGAAGACAGAGCGAUGAGCUCCGAUUUUGAGAACACGGAGGACAGGGAAGGGGACCCAGAAGAAAGAGGAAUGGGCUUGAAUUCACAGGAUGCAGAAGAAAGAGGCCACCUGGAGCUGGAGAUGGGCUCCAGCCCCCAGGAGGAAGCUCUAAGUGAGGACUUCAGGGGAAGGGAAGUAGUGUCCAACAUCUGCACAGAGGGAUUGCUGAGUGAGGAGGAAGCUGUUGCUCUCCAUGAGGAAGAUGAUCAGCCUGGUGUGGUUGACAUGGGGAUGUUCCCAGGUCUGUCGGAAUCAGACAGCAUAUCCCGGAGUCCCCAGGAAGAGGAGGAGGAAAGUACUGGAGAGAAUAGGUUGGAAGAGGAAGAAGAGCAGCCGCCACCUCCCAUACUUCCGUGGAGGCGCCACCUGUCCCUGGGAAGUCGCCACCGAGGUGACAAACCUGCUCACCGCCGCUUCCACCGCCUCCACCACCCCAUGGCCAUGGAUCUCGGGGAGCUAGACAGCCUGGUGGCUAGCAUCAUGGAUGCGCCCACCAUCUGCCCCGACUGCGGGGAGAGCUUCAGCCCAGGUGCCGCUUUCCUACAGCACCAGCGUAUUCACCGCCUGGCAGAGGCCGCCGCGGUAGCCAGCCUGGAGCCCUUCGGCCUGGCGGGCGAGUGCGGAGCUGUGGUGGGGAUGAUGGGGAUGGGCGUGGCGGGGGGCUUUGGAGCUGGGCCCGCACUGGCCCGCCCCCCGCGCGAGAAGCCCUUCCGCUGCGGGGAGUGUGGCAAGGGCUUCAGCCGCAACACCUACCUGACAAACCACCUGCGCCUGCACACUGGCGAGCGGCCCAACCUGUGUGCGGAUUGCGGGAAGAGCUUCAGCUGGCGCGCGGACCUGCUCAAACACCGGCGCCUGCACACCGGUGAGAAGCCCUAUCCGUGCCCAGAGUGCGGUGAGGCUUUCAGCCUCAGCUCGCACCUGCUGAGCCACAGGCGUGCGCACGCGGCCGCCAGCGGUGCAGGUGCUGCAGCGCUGCGCCCCUUUGCCUGUGGGGAGUGUGGCAAGGGCUUCGUGCGCCGUUCACAUCUGGCCAACCAUCAGCGCAUCCACACGGGCGAGAAGCCUCAUGGUUGCAGCGAGUGCGGCAAGCGCUUCAGCUGGCGCUCGGACCUGGUGAAGCACCAGCGCGUGCACACAGGAGAGAAGCCCUACAUGUGCUCAGAGUGUGGCGAGACCUUCAGCGUCAGCUCGCACCUCUUCACGCACAAGCGCACGCACUCGGGUGAGCGGCCUUAUGUGUGCCGCGAGUGUGGCAAGGGCUUUGGGCGCAACUCGCACCUGGUGAACCACCUGCGCGUGCACACAGGCGAGAAGCCCUUCCGCUGCGGCCAGUGCGAGAAGCGCUUCAGCGAUUUUUCCACGCUCACGCAGCACCAGCGCACGCACACCGGCGAGAAACCCUAUACAUGCAUUGAGUGCGGCAAGAGCUUCAUCCAGAGUUCGCACCUGAUCCGCCACCGCCGCAUCCAUACUGGCAACAAGCCGCAUAAGUGCGCAGGCUGUGGCAAAGGCUUCCGCUACAAAACGCACCUUGCACAGCACCAGAAGCUGCACCUGUGCUAG